GUCCUCCAUCGCAGCCCCACUUGAGCAUCCGCCCCUCCCUCCUUUAUUUAUACUCCCACCCCUCUCCUGUCUCCAUUGAUUCUUUCCCCCACGAAACCCGAUUUCCGAUUUUCUCUCCACCCCCGAACAGCAGCCGCGGCCCGAAAACAUCAAGAUCCGACCGACGCCGGUGGUGGCGCGGGUGGUGCGGUUUUCCCAGGAAGCUCCCGCGGCGAAACGCCAUGGCCACCGGCGCUGCAGAGUGCCUGUUCCGCUGCGUCUACGAGGGUUGCAUCUCGGGGUGCGACUCGGGGGUCGAGAGGAGGCCGUACCACCGGAACUGCGGCUGCGCGCUUCACAAGAAGUCCGGGAGCAACUGCCCCCGUCCGAUGGGGAAGAACAAGAGCGUGUCGUAUCCGAUCAGGAGGGCGUGGAGCGAGGGGUCUCUGGUCUUGAUGGCUUCCGUGAAUUCGUCGCCGUCGUCUUCGCCGGUCGUGGGGAGGGCCCAGAUGGUGGGUUCUUGCGAUGGAGACAGAGAGAUGGAGGAUGGGUUUUGUUUGAAGAUGGGAAAGAUUUGAUCUUUUUUUAGUUGUUCGUUUGUUUUCUUUUGCUUUUGGUAGCUGAGAUGGGGGUUGUUGGUGAUCUCGAUGUCGCUUUAUUCAUUUUGAUCUCUCUGUGACCAGCUUAGGUAUCUAGAAGAACCCCCUCAUUGAAUUAGAAAUCUGACUUAUCUAUAGACAUGGUGGUGUCCCCUGGUGUCUGAUUGCAAACGUUCAUCUGUUCAUAUGUUGGGAGUCAAUUUUAUCUGACAAUGAAUGUACAAAUCGAUCUGAAUGAAGCCAUACUUUUUCUUCCA